AUGGCUGUCCUGAUCCCUGACUCAAACACCUUGCCUGCAACGCUUGACCCUAACGCCGUACCGAUGCCUUUCCCGCCUAAUGUCUUUCAAGUGCUCAUCGUCGUCAGCUACACUUUGAAUCUCUGCUGGACAUUUCUCGUCAUGCUGCAAGGCGUCUCAGACACAACCUACCUCGCCGCCAUUCGAGCUACUUUCAUCUUCGUCAUCCCAAAGAUCGGCCAAGGCCUCAUGAGCCACGCGGGCGAUGUCGCCCUCCUACGUCCUUGGGCCGUCUGGACAAUCAUCGCCCUUGAACUUGCAGCGUACUCGAUGUUCUCGUUCCAAAUCUACGCUCAGGUAACCGCCAACACUCGAGGACAAAAGCGAGCCCGAGAUGGCGGCGAGUUCGAACUUGGAGGCACAGGAGGCGGUACCGAUCAGAAUGACUGA